AUGCAAAGAGAAGAUUCAUGUCAAAGUACUGAAUGGUUUGAUUCAGUAAGCAGACAAUAUAGUAAAUGGUCUAGAACAAGUUACUAUACAGCUCGCACAGAACUCUCUAUAUUUGAAGAUGAUGAAUAUCGAAGUGAUAGUUCUAAAAUUAUAGAAAACAUUGAUGAUGUUGCUACUUCUUUUGAAACACCAGUUAUAACCCGGAAAUCUGUAAGUUUUAAAUUACUAGAUGAUAAACAUCGGUCAGAAACUGUAGAUAUAAGUAUAUUGCAAGGAUCAGGUGAAGAAAUAAGAAAUCAACAUACAGUAAGAAAUAGAUCUCAAUCCUCACCAAUAAAAUCAAUAUUGAGGAAUUUUAAAUCAGAAUAUGAAGAACAACCAUUAAUCCUACCACUAGUAGAUUUACCAAUGAUUAAAGAUAGACAAGAUAUUUUUUAUUAUCCUACAUUAUAUCCACCAAAUAUAGAAAAUGAUUUAAAUGAUCUAGAUUUUAGUAAUAAAGGGUUUCAAAUAGAAGAUAGAACCAGAAUUGAUUAUGUAGAUUCAAAUAAAAGUAUACAGUCAAGAUCUUCUAAUACAAUAUUUCAUAUAAGAACAUCAUUUAAUAAUGAAAAUUUAGCUUCAGCCGAAUGUCUAGAAAAAGAUCAUAUUUGUAAACAAAUAGUGUAUAUAACAAAACCUAGACCAACUACAUGCCCUACUGAUACAUUAAAUUAUGAGUGUGUCUCAAUUAAGGUAAAUAGAGCAUUGACAACUCCUUUAAAUGAACUAGUUUCAACUCCAAUACUUUCUACAAUAAUUGAAGAAGAGAAUGAAGUAGAAAAGACAUCAGAAAAUUCCUCAUGUCUAUAUUGUUCUAGAGUAUGCUGUUUUAAUUAG